CCAGAAUUAUCAGUAAUCGGUGGGAACUUAUCCAAGAGCAUUUCAUAAGUUUAGCUCCUGAUUUUUGGUCUGAGAACUUCGGCCGAAGACGAAUUCGAAACUUUCUCUAAGUUUCGAACAAAAAAAAACAAGAUCAUUUUGAUCAUUCUCGUAUUGUGCAUCAAUAGAAGAAAAAAGUGAAUAUAACAAACAUGAUUAAGAUUGUGGCUGUUUUUGUGGUGCUGUGUGGAAUCAGUUCUGGGUACUCGGUCCCUGUGCGAAAUGCUUUCAUGUACUAUCAACAGCCCAUGGGCUACAUGGGUCAACGGCAAGCCAUGUACGGACUCCACUACCAGAACCAGCAACUUCGGAAUCUACGCCGCUCGGCUGGAGUGUCUGCCUUCGCCGCUGGAAACAACCUUGCUGCCGGAACAUAUCUGAAGGAUUGCAAAAACACAGAUGUUGAAAGCGCUGAAACACCUGUUCAAGACCCCAGCAUACCGUCUGUUGCUGAUGCGUACCCAGCAGAACAGUACCCUGUCGAAGACAUUCCAGCUAUUCAACAAGAUGUCCCAGCUGUCCAGGAAUUCGAUGCAGUGGAACCUAUUGCUGAUGAGCCGGUAGCUGCUCCAGUUGUUCCAGCUGUUAUCCCAGAAAAGAAGAAGAAGAAGGUCACUGUUCAGUUGGACUCUGCCGAAGAGGAGGAGCAGGACACUCAGGUCGGACGUCGUGGUGGAAACCGCACUGCUGCUCCAAAUGCGUACUUCCCCGUCAACUUCGGAAGCACGAACGGAGGUGCCAUCGCCAUUGCCAACUCCUACAGCACCGGAAAGGGAGGAUCUGCCACUAGCACUGCCACUGCUUACGGAAGCCCAGCCACUGCUGAACUGAGAAGGGCUGCCCCUGUUCAACUGAGAAAGAAACCUGCCAAGCUGCGAGCCCGUCCAUAUUAGAUUUCUAGUAUUGAAGUUGGCUUCAGUGGUUCCUAGUGAUAAGACUUCUUAAUUUAUUAAGUGCAAUCCAACUCCUCCAUAGGUUAUCAAAAAUACGUGUGCAAAAGGAAUUGACUAGAUUGUUAAUUCUGAAGAAGUGCAGGGCGCAUUUAUUAUUUAUUUUGUAAUUAACUAAACUCUUCGAACCCCAAAUAAACCCAAGAACGACUACUGAAAUACACGAGACUCUGAU